GUUUCUUUUUGCAUUCUAUUCACUCUGGGGUAAGUGCUUCUUCAUCCCAAACACCUAAGAAUGCUCAAUACCAAGGCAGAUAAACUUCUACUCAGCGUCUACGAGACCGCCCGUCUGCAGGGUGUUCCGGAUGGCUGCGUUGGGUUAGCUGUGCGAGAAACGGUUGGUGUGCAGCGGUGUGUGGCUUUCAAGGGCUGCCCGGGUGUGAUCGUCGCGCUCUGUGACUCCGCAGAAAGCGAGCGGGCGUUUGAGGCCAACUUGCACCGCAAACCCUGGAAAAAACUGACGAAGCGCGCAGCUAGUCUCCAGGUUGAUCGGCAGCAGGUCGGGAAAACAGCUGGAGAUAAUCAACUCGACACGUGUGAGGUGAUCCCGGCCUUGGAUGACCGGAAUCCCAGCGGCUACGGGAAAAAGAUCAACGGUGAGAAACUGCAAGCAGUUUUGUUUGGGCAGCUUCUGGCAAAGGCCACCGGUGCAGCAAAAGCGUCCGUAGAGAAGCUGGCCAAGGAUCUGCAGCCGCUGGUCGUUUCCGUUGGGGCAGACGGCGUGCUCGAGCCUUCGACUGUGGCAAGUUCCUCUGAAAAUACUUCGAGUGAGAAAGCUUUCCAGCCGGCUUCUCGUGGGGCGCCUUCGAGCCCGAUGCGAGGACCAGCCCCGGCGGUAGACGUUCUCUGCAACGAUCCAGAUGGCACAGCGGGACUGGCGGUGAUGCGUGGGCUUGUUGCAAACGCGGACAUUCCAAGCCUGGCGACGUCGUUGCUAGCGCACCCGAAGAAAAUUCAGGCCGAAUGCGGGGGCUUAUGGAAUAACAACCAGCCCGAGCCUCUGGGAAUGCAGGGAAGAGUAGUUGCUGCGGUGGAAGGACUACCUCUGGAACAGUUCCCCGGUCUGCACGGGCGUUUUCGCCUCGAUGGAGCCAAUGUUGGCGGUCGGACCGCCGAUUUGCUCCCGUUGAACCCAAGUUUCGCCGACGUUUUGAAGAAGAACAGCCCAAAUCAACAUGGUUCAGUCCCGGAAGUCUUAGCAGAGAAGCUGCGCCAGUUCCAAACGACGUCACUAGCCGUGUCUUGGGAGCAGGCGAACGGGCGCAAGUUGUCCCAGGAGCGCACCCUGUGCGGGUGGGCCUACGACGCCGAUGCUGUCGAUGGCACACCGGCCGUGUGGGUGAACCUCGGACGCGCGCCGGUUACCUGGGCUUUCAAAAGGCUGAAGAAAAACAACGCGGCCGAUUUCACGAUCACGCUUUCCCCGGGUGACGCAGCGAUUCGCUGGGGGCAGAAGGCGAGGUGCGAAUGGUGCACUGCCUGUGUCGGGUUGGGAGAUAGUGCGACAGAAAAUGGAAAAAGGGAAGAUGUUGCCAAGAAAGGCGUGCUCGAUCUGAUCAACGUGAAGCUGGAGGACCACCGCGCUCUUCGCUCCAAAAACGCCGCCUUGUUCGACAGGUUGCAUCGGUCAGACGCGACGCUGACGCCCGAUAAGUGGUUUCAGCUCGAGUUUGAACUUACGGAGAACACGACCACGACAAGCACGUCCGGCUUGGAAAUUUCCGCGUUCUGGCCUGGGUCCAGGCCGGCUAAAAAAUGCGUCGACGUUCAGGCUGCGGCUCCGGCUUCGAAGGCCGAAGUAAACUCCAAGCCCCGGUCGGGUAGAUGGAACAAACGCAGAAAAACAGGUGACGAGGAGACUGACGCUGCGCCGACGGAUGAACAGCCGGGUGCUCCUAGCUCUUUUGCAGCCGAGGAGAACAGGAUAUCACUGAAGUCUGCCGCACAGGUGCAAAGCGAGCAAAUCGCAAAGAAGAAUCCUCCACCGAAGGAGGAUCAGAAACGCGGAUCCGGCGCUGUCAGUAUGAAAUCCGCAGCCCGGGUCGCGGCCGAAAGUCUGUUUGCCGACCUGCAAACGCACAUGGCGAACGACGACCUGAUCAAGGGGUGGGAGGCACACCGCCGAACCUGCAACGGUAAGGCCCGUGGUCCCCUCCGCGCCGCCGCUCGGGACAUUCGUCUGAAGGCACAGAAAGCCGCCGGGGAAACGUCUUUGGAAUCUUCGACGUCAGGCGCCUACGUGGCGGCACUGCGGCUCUUGCACACGGAGCUGGCUCGCGCAGGCGAAGCCGACUUCGACGGACAGUUGCGGGAUGGCGCUGCGUGGUUGGAAGAAAAACUAGCGAAGGUUGGAAGUGCGCAAUCGGCAAACAAGGACUUUGUGGAGAACGCCAACAACCCGCGUGAGGGUAGUACCAAGAUAGCGGUUUCUGUGGACGAGUCGGUCGUGAAGAAUAUCCUAUGUAAAAACGUCCCUACACCAGAGUCAAGCUGGGGAUCUCGCAACACAAAUCGAGAAGUUUUGGGGGUCCAGCAUGAUAAGUUCGUCUCUGUAUUGUAGUGUAGUUUAGCAAGCACAGCCGCAACACAAAUCCAUCUACUUAUCCUGUCGACAGCAUUACAAAGCGCAAAACGCGAUUGGAAAUGCCUCUCAUGUGGAUGCGCAUAUAGAAAUCUUCCUGUAGCUGCAAAUCUGCAUGACAACUCUGGGCAAAGUGCGUCGCAUUUCGUUUAGCAUGACAACUCUGGGGUGGGUACAUUUUUACUCAGGAUAAAGAAAGAUUAUCCGAAUCUGCUGGCGCGUUUGAUGAAGCAAAGGGCCAGUGGGCACCGAGGAACGGCCUUCACUCGCGACUUGCGGCAAGCCACGCAGUGGGCGGAUUCCUGUCGUGCGAGGUGGCAGAAGCUGCAAAACGACAGCGACCAGCAGCACAAGCAGAAUCUCCAAAGUAGUUACCUCGACGCUGUGCAGCACUUGUGUGCUGAACUGGAAAAAGAAGGCGAGCCUGACUUCGACGGGCAGCUGCGGCGGGCCGUGAACUUUCUCCAGGGUACAAAGAUGGAAUACUUCCACCCAGGCCUCGAACCGGGGAAGAAGAAAACUACCAGGUCUUACAUAGGCUAAAGAACCCCAGCAAGGGGGGCUCCUGUUUCAUAUUUGAUUCCGCGUUCUUCUGCCUGUAGCUGUACACUGGUUUUCUGAUUGUAAGUAGCACUAUGGUGCCCAAGGAAAGGCCGCUCGAUCUAAGUUCAAAGUAAAGUAGCACGUGAAAUUGAUACGUAAGGAUAUGUGAAUAACACUAAGACGCAGGUGGAUUUGCAUGGUUGGUUUUCAAGGAUUGAGAGUGAGUAUCGCUACCUCAGUCCAAUGCACGCAAGACCGGUUUUAGCUCGAUCGUGUGCAGAACAAUUGGAGUAAGGAUAUGAAAAUUGUAUAGUUUUUUUUCUGUGUGCAGUAGGAGAAGACUAAGAGCAACAAGCUAACAGUUGUCAAUGAAGAAUGAGCAGUAGCAAUUAGUUUCGCACUACACAGAGAAUUCACCAGCACCAAGUAGAUCGCGAAUUUGAUGCUGAUCUAACUGUAGAAGUCAUGCAGGGCAGCUUACUUCGACGCUUGCUUUUGCUUUGUCGU